AUGUCGAAAUCUCCUAAAACCCCAGAAAAAAGAACAAGUAAAUUUAGUUGUAGAUUGUUAUCUGUAUCCAGUAGCAAAACAAAUGUAUUUCACAAACACCAGAGUGCCAAAAACUUUAUCAUUUGGUAUAAACAAAUCAUUGAUAAUGAAAGACAAAAGCUUGGUUUGUAUUUAUCAGAAGAUGUUACUUUGAAAUGGUUUGGCCGUACAAUACGGUCCAGAAAGAAAGUGAAUAGUUUCUUUACUAAUCAUGUAGAACACUCAAAACAUUAUUUCACAUCAGUGGAAAGUAUAUCAAAGCUCCAAAUAAAGCAGAAUAGAUCUCCAAGAAAAAGUGACUCAUUCAUUAGUCCAUCGUGUUCUCCUGAGUUAAAAGAAUUACUACCAAGGAAUGGUAAACGGAGAUUAUUUCAAUCACCUAGUAAUAGCCCUGAGUGGGCGCCAGGUUGUAGACCAGAUGAUGAAUUUGAUGGCACAGACAAAAAACGGCCAAAACCUGAUCAAAUGCAAUAUAAAAAUUUUGAGCAUUAUGUACUACAUGAGAAUAAUGAUUAUAAGCAUAGUUCCUUUGAAUUGAAUAACAAGGGUGAUGGUGUGAACCAAUCUGUACAAGAACAGAUUACACCAUCUAACCUUGAAUGUGGCCAAGGUGACUGUUUGCCAUCAACAAGUAGUGAUUCCAAUAGGUCACAUGAGAAUUUAAAUGCUCAGCUGCCAAAAUUGGCUGUGGAGUGCAAUGGUUAUGUAGAGUUUAUGCGCACAAGAAAUAAUAGAGCAGACAGUGCAAAAUGGGAACGUAAAUGCAAAUUACAGAUAUGCUAUUCUGAGGAUCCUCUAAAUGUGGGUGACUUUAUAGUUUGGAUGAUUUAUUAUAGUGAUGAGAGUAAGUGCAGACGUAACCUUUUAGCUGAGUUUAAUAAGAUAGGAAAGGAACAACUCGAUUAA